AUGAUGAAUGGUGGUGGCGGCGGAGAUUCGGAAGAAUUAUCAAUGUCAAAUUUGAUACCAACCUUCGAUCGACUUCAACCAUGGAUGUUGCCAAUGACAGCUACGGUACCAUCACCAAUUCAACCCCGAAAAAUCUCAGCAAAUGAUCGACUUUUUGAAAUGAGAACUCCAAGACCUGGAGAAAUGAUCAAAGAAGCUGUUCAAAUGGCGGUUUGGCCAGCACUACCCAGGUAA